AUGGGCCGUAUGAAUGCGGGCUUGUCUGGUCCCCUGGCCUUCGACCCUGACACAAGCUCCGCCUACGAUGCAGACUUCAGCCAAGAGCCCAUUGAAGAGCCGACAUUGCAGUCCCUUGCUGAACGCCUCGCCUCUAUGGAGGCUCGCAUCGGCAUCUUAGAAGCCGACCGCCGUGGGGCACAGCAAGCUUUGUGGCACCACAGCCGCCGAGCCCAUGAACAGCCGCGCCUUCGCUGCCUUCUUUCGCCCUGGGUCUUUAUCAGUGCCAAGAUAGACGCCGUCAGGAUCCGCCUGGACCAGACCUACGCCAGGGUAGCCGGGUUGCUCCUGACCCUUCAGCAAGCCUUCCCCACUAUAGCAGCUUAUCUUACCGAGGCAGCAGUUGAUGCAUGCCAGUACCAAGGACCGUCAGCCUUGCUGGACUCCGAAGGAGACCCAGAAGCAUAG